UACUUCCAAUUUCUCCACAAUAAAAAGGAAUCUUCAGUUUCUACUUUCAUCAUCAAAAAGACUCUCUCUCUCAUACACACACAUGGCUGCCCUUCAUGAAAAACCAUUAAAGGAGAAUGAAGAAGGAGAAGAUAUGUAUAACUCUGAUGAAGAAACCUGUUCCGCAUCUGGGUGUGGCUGUUUUCGACUUUUCGGGUUCAGACAGAGGCGAAGCAAUGACAAUGAAAGCAAAUAUCUUUUGCAGCAAAAUGGAGAACACAGAGAGACAUGGUGGAAGAAUCAUCUGAACAAGGUUAAGCAGGUUACAGAGGUAUUGGCCGGGCCCAAGUGGAAGACUUUCUUGAGAAAGUUCAGCAGAUUUGGUAUUGACAAGAACAAGAAAGGGAAGAACAGGUUUCAGUAUGAUCCAGAAAGUUAUGCUCUUAAUUUUGAUCGAGGUCUUGAUAGCGAGGAUGAUGCCUUGGUUCUUGAUUUUACGUCCAAAUUUGCUGCUCCUAUUCAUGAUCAUGAACAGCCACGAACUGGAUCCGGAAAGUGAUGAUUUUGUGUGGUGAUUUUUUUUUUUUUUUUUAUAUGAUUCACAUCUCUUUGUACUUACUUUUUUCCAUGUAUAGAAUAUAAUGUUCUUUCAUAAUAAUCAUUCAUGAGUCUCUCUUUUAUUGGAA